CAAUAACCCGCCAUAUCCCUUUCUUAUUCCAAUUCCCAUCCCCUCUAUUGAUUGCCUGUUCUCUCCCUUCAUCCAUUCAAGAGCCCCAAGACCCCUCAUCCACUCGUCGUGGCCAGUGCAAAGACGCCUUUGUUGAUGCUUGAGGAGAGGCAGCCAUUGAUGGCGCCCCAUGCACACGACGCAGUGUGCCCUGAAGAACGGCCACAACAUGACCCAGUCGCUUCGCCGUCGAUCAAUGGAAGAGACAGCGGUGGGUUGUGUCUGUGUCCUGCUCGGCCCUACCCCGCCCCUCCCAUGGCUGCAUUCACCGAUUUCUUCUAUGGAGAGGACACCAAGGACGGCCAGGGGGACGUCGAGUGGAUUCUCUGCCCUGCAACGCCGCUGGGCGCCGCUGGUGUGGCCGUGCUCGUUGUGGUGUCGUACGUGGGCAGUGUGGUGCUCAUCACCGUUAACAGGACCUUGUUUCACGUGUGCCACUUCCACUUCCCCUUUAUCGUGAGUUUCGCCCACUCGGCGAGCCUCUCUGUCUUUGUUUUGGUGUUCUUUCUCUGCCGAUCCGUCAAGCCCAUUGUGUCUCUGCGGCCGCGGCUGAGGCCUACCUCGGCCGACAUGGCGGCGUUCCUGGACUAUGCUGCCGCCGCAUCCCCCCCUCUGCGGCUGUGGGAGCGGCUGUGCAACGUGGAAAAGGUCCUGGAUUUCUUCACACCGCCCCAGUGGCCUGAGACAUCGGUGUGGUAUACCAAGAGGGUGCCCAUGACGGUCAUCGGUGUCUGCGUGGCUAUUUCUAUCGGGCUUGGGAAUGUUGGGCUGGCGACGCUGCAGCCGAUUGCUGUGGACAUGGUCAUGACACUGCUGCCGACUCUUGUGCUCAUCGUCGGUAGGGAAUACAGGAGACACCCACCCAGGCCUUCCUUGGUCAUGUUUGGUUUGUUGUAUGCAGCCUCGUGUAUGGGCAUGGAGGAGGCGCGGUUCUCAUUAGCGGUGGCGGUGCUCAGCGUCAGUCUUGCUGGGGCACUCGCAGCCAAGGUGGGUCGGCCACCAUGGCAAGGCGCAUCCAUACAAACAAACACAUGUCUGUCUUUGCUCCGCCUCAGGCGGUUCUGGGCAAUAUUCUAAUGCUGGUGGUCCAUUGGCACGGGACAGUUGCUGUGUGCUGUGCAGCAUUUGCAGGGGCGCUUGGAUGGCUUACGAUACAAAGGGAAAGCAAGUAUGUGAAAUGCACUCCAUCGACGGUGGAGACAUGGAUGGCGUAGACGUCUUGUUGCCGUUCUGCAGAGACUUCGCGGCAUCGCAGCUCCUGCUGAUGACCAUGCCGCUUGCGACGCUUUUUCUGACGCUCCCGGCGCUGUGUAUCGACCUGCCCCGACUCCUUCGACAAUGGUGUGUCUCGACGAUACCGGCUUUGUCUCCCUGACAACGCAUUCCUGCUCCUUGUACCUUCAGGGUGGUCCCAGAACUGUUUGGUGAGGCUGGUGUUGUGCCUCCGGCACGAGCAUCAUUGUGGUAUGUUGUGGUGCUGCUGGUGGCUGGUGGGGUGCUGGGGCCGGUGCUCACUGCCACCAACUUUGUGCUGGUACAUAUGGGGGUCGGGGUCAGCCGUUGGUGUCUCCAUCCAUGCAUGUCUGUGGGCGUUUGCGUGCAGGUGGGUCGGCUGUCGAGCCUGACGCUGUCAGUCGUCUCGGAGGGCAGACACUUCAUCGUCAUGCUGGUCGGUACAUAGACGUACAUGCAUAUGCAAGCCACUCAUGACAUGCGGCCUGGACGCAAGCACAGUCUCCGCCUUGUCUGGGUGUGUCGAUAGGUGGCCUUGGUCUUUUAUCGCCAUCACUUCCCCUCGCGGUUCUUGGUCGGCCUCGUCAACUUCACUCUCGCAUGCAGCCUUUACAGAUACGUCAGGAACAACAAUACCCAUCCGCUGAAUGUGCCCCACACAAAGAGACACGACCAGCAGAAAGCACCGCACACACAGGGGACGAGCCGCGAGAAUGAGCAGCAUCGGCACAAGGCGACUUCAGCUGGACAUGACCAAGCUGUUGCUGCAUCCGGUGCCGGCUUGUUUUCAUGUCCGUCCACUCGGUGUGUGGGUGAGGCGACGGAGGAAGAGAUAUAUGAUGAGAGCGACGAAAGCUCAAAGGCAGCACAUAGGGGUAGACAGGGGAUGGAUGGAUGGAUGGAUGGAUGGGCCGUGGUCGAUAGGCAAAUAGGCCAGCACUGCAGCUGCUUGUGACAUCACAUCAUUCUUUGUCCAUGUGUGAUAUGCCGCCUGAUUGGCCACACUGACUCGUGAGACCUCGAGCUUCGACUGAGUGAGCGGAUGUUGAUCGAUCCAUCGAUCCAUC